GAAUAUAUUCUAUAAUUAGUACUCGAAAUUUUAAAUACUAUAAUUUUGCCUAAUGUAAAGAUGCUACAAGUUGCACCAAAUCCCACUCUCUCUCACUCUAGAAACCAAAAAAAAUGAUACUCUCUCUCUAAAACAAAAAUUAGCCAAAAGCAGUCACUGAGUUCUUUUGUUUUCCUAAUCAGAGAUGCUAUCUCCGACGUUGUUUCCUCUCUUCUGCGCUUUGUUUCUUUGUCUUCCGGUGGCUGUCAUCUUCACAAUUCAGCGAGAACUCACCGGCUUUGUUUCGCCGGAGUUUGGUUUCCGCUCUCUCUCCGUCUUCUCUCUCUACUCCCGAAAUGUCCCCGACUCUGCUUCUUCUCCUCCUCCGGUGGUUCUGUUUCGACAGCCGCUUCCUAAAGACGACGAGCCACUUCUACGGCUAGCUUCUCGGGUUAACCCGAAUCUGCCUCCCGGUUCGACCCGGAAAUUGGCUUUCAUGUACUUAACGACGUCGCCUCUUCCGUUCGCGCCACUCUGGGAGAUGUACUUCAGUGGAAGCUCCAAAGAUCUUUACAAUGUCUACGUUCACGCGGAUCCGACCCGAGAAUACGACCCGCCUCUCUCCGGCGUGUUCAAGAACCGGGUCAUUCACUCUAAACCCUCGAGUAGACUCACACCGUCUCUAGCAGCGGCGGCGCGUCGGUUAAUAGCACACGCGCUUCUCGACGAUCCGUUGAACUACAUGUUUGCCCUAAUCUCGCCUUCGUGCGUACCGAUUCGGUCCUUUGACUUCACUUACAAGACACUGGUCUCUUCUCGUAAGAGCUUCAUCGAGAUACUCAAAGACGAGCCGUGGAAGUUCGAUAGAUGGGCUGCGCGUGGGGACGAGGCCAUGCUUCCGGAAGUGACGCUCGAGGAGUUCCGCAUCGGGUCUCAGUUCUGGGUUCUGAAACGGAGACACGCGCGUGUGGUGGCGCGUGAUCGGCGUAUAUGGGCUAAGUUUAACCAGACGUGCGUGCGGGAAGACACGUGCUAUCCUGAAGAAAAUUACUUUCCUACCCUUCUUAAUAUGCGGGAUCCACGUGGAUGUGUGCCCGCAACGCUGACUCACGUGGAUUGGACAGUGAACGUCGAUGGUCACCCGCGGAUGUACGAGGCCGAGGAGGUCGUGCCUGAGCUGAUUGAGCGGCUUAGAAAGACUCGACCGAGAUACGGUGAGGACGGAAUCAACGGUUCAGAAUGGUCUGCGGUUGAGCGGAUGGAUCCGUUUCUGUUCGCUAGGAAGUUUUCUCCGGAUGCUCUCGAGCCGUUGUUUGGUAUGGCUAGAACCGUCUUGUUCAAUGACUCAGCUGGAGGUGUGUGAGUGACUGAGUGUGUGUGAAUGGUUUUCUCUCUAAUGGCAUUGUUGUAAAUUCAGUUUUAGUUAUAGUAAGUAAUUGUAAUUUUAAAAAUAGGUAGUUGGGAUCGAAAUAACGAAAACCCAAGUCUACCAUUAUCUUAGAGUAAAGUAUAGUACUCGUCCUAGUCGACAUCUCAUCCUUUUUAGCAGAUCGUUGCACAUAUUAAAACCUUA